UUUUCUGGCAAACCCACAGAUCUAGGCUACAUGCACCAUUUUCACUGCUAUUAUAAUCAAGUAGUCAUGAAUACUUCCGGUUAAUUGUAGAUACAAAGAUCAAAGGCCUUUUCAGCACCAUCGAGGAAAAUAUACAUAAUCUUGUUUGAUUAAUACCCGAGUCCAAGGAGACAGGAAAAUGGACAGCGGAGUGACAGUAAUAACCAAUCCCACGGUGAAUGUGCGCUUAACAAGCACCCUCUCCUCCUUCGAGGUGCAGCGCAGGUUCAACAGAGGGAUCAGUAUAGCAGAACUGAAGGGAAAGUUGGAGAUGAUUAUGGGUGCACCGGCCUCCUGCAUGGACCUGGAGUUAUUCAGCAUAUCUGACAAGUUCCUGCAAAAAAUGAAUGAGAAUGAAGCUCUGCUAGGAUCGUAUCCUGUGGAUGACGACUGCAGAAUACACGUUGUUGAUAGAAGUGGCGGGCAGAUGGGCGAGUUCACUGAUGUUUCCAAAGUGGAGAAAUUUGAGCUCCCAGAUGAUGCUUAUGAUAAGAGAACAGACACAGCCAGGUCAUUUAUGAAGAAGCAACGUGUGGGUCGCUACAAUGAGGAAGAAAUGGCCAAGAAGAAGGCGGAGAAUGCUGCACGGGAAGAGGAGCAGAAGGCUGCUGCCGAUGCCAUUGCUGUUGGCAGCCGCUGCAAAGUGCAGGUCCCCGGUCAGCCCACGAAGCUUGGCACAGUCAUGUAUGUUGGAACAACAGAUUUCAAGCCGGGCUACUGGGUGGGUGUGAAGUACGAUGAACCACUGGGCAAACACAAUGGAACUGUCGAAGGGAAGCAGUACUUUGAGUGCGAGAGCAAAUAUGGUGCGUUUGUGAAGCCCCUGAGUGUGACUGUGGGGGAUUUCCCUGAGGAGGACUACGGUUUAGACGAGAUGUAGGUGUAGGGUAAUUUCCAAUAAACGAAUUUCAAAAAAUGAGAGUCUAUGGCUGACGCGUGUUCCUGGUUUCCAAAAGAAAUGCUUCCAGUUGCAUUAUGAUUUGAAGACUGUUUAUUUAUUACAAACUGAAGAUGUAACAAUGAACUCCUUCCUAAAAAAGCAUGAAAGUUCCAAAAAAUAGCAGUUAUCCAGAACUAGCUGUGCACACGGUCAGAAAACCGUGAGACUCCUAACCUCUCUGUCCAUGCUCCUCCCCUUCCCUCUCACACAGGGUUUCAUGCUACUAUUGCACUUACAUACUUAAAGUGAGAGGUACCCCCUUUUAGGUUCCAAUCCCAAAACAGUGACUUAAAAUUACUUUAUGUAAACACAUAUAUUUUCACAUUUAUUAAUCCUGAAAAGAUGACUUAUGUAAUGAAUCUAUGAAUUAUAAAACAAACAUGAACUCAAUCGUAAAUAAAAAUAUAAAGCAGACGUCUGGCGCGUACAGUAGGACUGCAGUUUUCUGCCCCAACCUCGCACCUUUAUCCGCUCACCAAGAUGGCGCGUCAUUUUAGUGUGGCAAAUUAGAAUUGUUUUGCCUGUGCUUCUCUGGAAGGCAUGAUCCUAAAGCACUCUCUCAGUAACUUGACAGACUUUUGGGUUCUCGUACCAACAGGCAUUUCAUAAGGUUGGGGAUUUUUUUCUUUUUUGCAGCAAAAUGAAGGUUUCUGUUGUUUGUUCCUUACUACAAACACUUCUGUUCAAUUCAUAGCGCUUCCUGUAAUUGUACUUUAUUUUUGUUCUCAUGUUUAGUAAAUGUCAUUGUGUACAAAGAUUAUUGUAUAUAGCUGUUUAUAGUUAUCUGUAGUCUUUGCAUUUCUUUUUUGGUUUAAAGACUGAGUUGCUGGUAGGAAAAAAUCACCCAGCCACACUUUGACACUAAGAUAAAAAGCGGCAUUGUGUUACUAACUUUGUAUAAGUGAGUUAAACCCGAGGUGCUUUUUCUUCCUGUCAUUUAAGAUUCUUGCUCGCUGGCAAAUUUAAUGUCUGACUCACAAGGAUUUUGGCAGAAGAGGAAGAAACAGUAGAUCCCAUCUCACCAGAUAUAUUUCCUACUCUUUUUCGUCGUACUUUGCAGUUAAAAAUUUCCUCAUAGACAAACCGUGCCUGAAAUUUUUGUGCCAAAGUGUGCAAGGGUUGAUAUUCUUCUUUUUUCUUUAAAAGUUAAAUUCGUUAUUUUUGUUUGGACGUAGGAUGUGCAACAGUCCAGAUUUUAGCUUUCAGAGCAAAGAUAAAAUGUAAUUUCCAUUAAUUUUUCUGUGACACGAUUGUUCUUGUUAAACAUUAAAUUUGUGCGCUUGAAUGUAUCAUGCAUGUUUUUGAACCACUGGACUAAAAGAGCUUUCGCAUUUAAAAUUUGAUGAGGCUCAAUUUUACUAUUUUCUUCACUGAGCAAUUUGAAUUUACUUAAAGCUCCAGUCACACAUGCCUACAGACCGACCAGCGACCCACUGGCAACCCAAAAAUAUGACUUCGAGCAACCGCUAAAUCACUGAAAUUCAACUUUUCAUUGGUUGGUGAUGGAGAAUGCAUUUUUUUCUCUAGUGACCAGUGAUUGCUCACUGAUUGCUCAGCCUGAGCUCUACUGUAUAUAAACUGGAUGUUUAAAAAAAAUCUAAGCGUGAAUCUAAAAACUAUGAGUUUAUUCCAGUUAUUAGGUGAAACUUGUUACUCAAGUCUGAAACCUGAGAUGGAUUUUAUAUUGCAUCAAAAAAAACAACCCCCUCCAAACAUAUUUUCAAGUCUUUAAUUGCUGCAGUUUAAUGUAAACACAGCAUGUAAAAUUUCACAGAGAACAUAAGAAUCAGAAUACUUUAUUAGUCCCAGAGGAAAUUAUUUAAAUGUUAAUAAGAUUCACACUUGAGUAAACUCUGAAAUAAACCUGGUUAUGAUUACCGCCUGUAGCACCCUUACCAAUUGUUUUUGUGAAGUAUACAAAGUACCUUCAGAUGCAUUUUGAUCGUACAUACUCGAAGGCCAUCAAGUUAAAACACAAGGUAAAGCACAAAAAAAAAAACUGUCCUCAUUGUGCUCACAACACUCACUCUUGGACUGUGUUUCAAAUGGCCUUAUUUAUGCUUUGUUUUAUGUUACUGAUCAAAACCUCUUCAUGUCUUUGUCCUCUGUUGCUUAUAGAACAAAUGUAAAAGUCUUUUUAAGGAAAUGUCACACAUGGAAGAUUGUCCAGGUGUUUUCUCUCUUCCUUAAAAUCUGUGUCUAUCUGAGGUACUGGUGUUAUGUGCCAAAGCGUAAUGAUUAGAAAUGAGAAGUGUUUACCAGUACACUUAUAGCUUAUUAAAGUGAGUGAAUCUA